AUGGCAUAUAUUACAGAUAUUACAGAUAUUACAGAUAUUACAGAUAUUACAGAUAUUACAGAUAUUAUAGAUAUUACAGAUAUUACAGAUAUUACAGAUAUUACAGAUAUUACAGAUAUUACAGAUAUUACAGAUAUUACAGAUAUUAUAGAUAUUACAGAUAUUACAGAUAUGGACGAGAUGUUUGGUCCUUUGAACGUAGUUUGUUCAAGCUCAGUUCGAAAAAUGACGCUGAUACAAGCUGGUGUCUUGGUUUUACUUUAUUUUACAGUUUUUUCACUUGGAGGUCCUGCUCGUAAAGAUGGAAGAAUUAGUACAACUGAGUCAAUUGAAAACACAUUUGAUCAAGAGUUUGUACAUGCUGUCUUAGAUAAUGAAUCUUCUGAAACCAGUGCAAUAUUAAUAGAUUUGACAAAUAGCACCAAAACUGAACAACUCCCUCCAAAUGGCCCGGCAAUACAUAUGUCCACAGUACUUAAUAUAACUGUUCCUGUAAAAGGAGUUUACAACUAUACUGAUAAUACAACCGGUGCUGUUUAUACAAUACCAGUAUCCGUUCCAAUACAUCUGAACAUACCUUUGAAUAUUUAUUUACCUGCACCAACUAUACAUAUGGUUAAUGCUGCUGUUGCAUACAGUCAGCCUCAUGAUCAAGCAGGUAUUAUUGAAGAUUCAGACAAUAAUGGUUUUGAUGAUCAUAGAAAGGAAUCAAUUGUAACUGAACAAGAAAUCUCUGAAUCUCAAAUUGACACUGCUUUAACCAAAGCAUCUCCUGAUACUGAUCUUGAAACUGUAACUGAGAUUUCAGAUGGAGAUUCAGACAAGGAUGAAACUAAUGAUCAUUUAAACUCUCCUGAAAAUGAUUCUCAGACAAUAGUUGAGGAAGAACUCACUGAAUCUGAAGUAAACACUUAUUCAACGAAAUCUUACCCUAAUCAAGAGCUUGAAACUGUUACUCAAAUACUAGCAGGAGUUCCAAAAUUUUCAAAUAUUUCUAUGGCUCUCUUUACUGCCUUUGGGGCUAACACUGAUCUUCAGGACCUUCUACCGUACACUAUAUUUGCACCAACUAACUCUGCCUUCCAAUCUUUAACUGAGGAACAACAUAACCUCCUGAUGAACAAAGACGACUUGUCAAACAUUCUCCUCGGCCAUGUUGUAGUUCUAGAACGGUAUAAAAUUCCUUUCGGAGAUUCUGAGUUAGAAACUGUUUCGGGUCUGAAAGUAUUUUUUAACCGAGAAAAAGAAGAUGAAUCAAACACGAACAUUAAAAUCAGUUCAGGCUCGAGCCAAGGAAAAAUAACAGAGUUUGCCAUCCCUGCUUCCGAUAUCUAA